CUUUGACCUAGACUAUACGAUAUGUACCGUCAUUUCUAAUUCUGGUACCUAUAUUCCUACUUUCGGAACGCGGUAAGUUUGGAAGAAUGGCUGAGUAUCCUAUAACAGGCCUAUGCGUUGUAGCUGACAAGAACAGAUGCCCUGAUGGAUAUACUGUGAUUGAAACCACAACAGACAACCAAGAUGCAGAUUUAUGGAAAGAUAAACUGCUUAGGAAAAAGACCACAAGAUACAUGUGUUACACCAAGAAUCUAACACCGUCAGUAGGAGAUAACGUGGUAGUUGAUGUUAUGGUGAUCAAGGAGAAUGAAUCAAUCCCGGCAGGAUACUCAUGUAUAGGAACUACCCAUGAUUCAGAUGAACCGGUCCUUAAGAAAAGAUUACUCGUCAUUCAGCUGUUUAACAGGAAAGCAACCGAGAAAGCCAUAACCGAGAUUUAUCUCACUUCAUCUAAGACAAAGAAUAAACCUGUUGAGGUUUCUCCGAGAGGGGAUAUCAAUGGUAUCAACCUGUUUCUACGGUUGGGCCCGGUGAUGCAGCUUAUACCCAAGGAAGCGGUGCGGAAGGCACCAGUGCCAGCACCUAGACAAAAUCUUCCCCUUCCUCCUCAAAGUUCCACCGAAUCGUAUGAUAAUACUUAUGGGUUGCCUCAGCAGUCGGGUCCGUCUCAGCUACCAUACUCCUGGGAUAAGGCGCGUACAAGCCGGCAGUCAACUCUCCGUACAUCACAUUCCCACAGCUUAGAAACAGAUGUCCUCUCAGCUAUAGAAGGUGUACCCUUUCAAAUCAACUCAGCUCUUCAAGCCACAACUAUUUCAGCAUAUGAUGUCCCUCGUAUUCCAUAUAAAUCAGAACUGGAAAUCAACAACCAGUUCUACUAUGAUUUCAACUUUGAAGCUCAGACAAAGCAGCGGUUAACGAUGUGUGAUUCACCCUAACAUGCAUUGGUAAAUUGCCACUUGGUCUACACCUGUUUUGUCUACUUCCCAUUCGGUCCAAUCCCACAAGGUCUAAUUUUAAUUUGUCUACAUGAGCACACCAGGUUGUCUAAUAACCAUUUGCUCUUAUAGCCGUUUAGCCCUUCACCAUUUUGUCUACAUUCCAUUCGGUCCAAUCCCACAAAGUCGAAUCCUAGUUUGUCUACAACAAGUUUGUCAACUAACCAUUUGAUCGUAUUGCUAUUUUAGUCCUUUUACAAUUUUUUCUCAUUUCAAGUUAGGCUACAAUCAUUUUGCAUAACAAUACAUCUGCUUAAUCUAACACCACUUUAAUAAUCUGUUUGGUUUAAUGAGGUGUGUAUGAAUGGAAGUUUUAUUUGAUAAAUGCAAUUAAUGAAUGAUUAUAGUAUAAUCAUUCAGUAAAAUAAAUAACCUGCAUACCAGUUCUUACUACUUUUGGGAUAUUAAUUCCAUAGGACUGUAAGGCUAAAAAAGGGGUUAUCCAAAGGUUAUAGAUUUUACUUGAUAAAAAAUAUAAUUUAAAAAACAAACACAUUCAAAGUGUGAUAACUUUCAAUUUUAUCAACGUGAUAUUCUUCUUUUACAUUUUAACUUAUCAUCUUUAUUUUUUUGCAUUCUUAUGAUAGAUAGAUAAAUGGAUUUCAUUAAAAACCUCACGUCUUGCAGUACAAAAUUGAAUUGAACAUGAAUUACAAAUUAAAUAAAUAUGAGAUAUUAUUAAAUAUACAAGUAACAGUAUUAAAUCACAAGGUCACUUCCAUUGUUCAUUGGAGUAUCCAGGCACCCAAGAGGGGGUACCUGAACCUUGAUAUAUUCAUCCAAAAAGCACCACGAAAAUGACCAAAAAUAUACUUUACAUGAAAUUAUAACAAUGCUAUACUGCAUGUAAUAAUCAAAACUGAAACAUCCAUUUAAUAACUAUUAAAACUAUCAAACUUCUACAUUGUAGAUCAAAAGCAACAACAACAAAGUUUUCUUAAACAUUGAUUAUAAACAAAUAGGUAGCAUAAGAAAUAGUAAAUUAAUCCUCUUCUAAAGAAAAUAAUAGAGUCGAUAGCCUACUGUAAUUUCUGGUAAACCUGGGCCCAUUGCAUAAAAGUUACCAUUCUAGUAACUUUGCCUUGCAAUGGUAACUUGCAUUGAAUCCUUGAUUUUGAUUGGCUGUUGAUCAUCGUUACCAUGGUAGUUACUAUUGGAUACCAUAGUAGUAGCUUUUAUGCAACAGGACCCUAGACUGUUACAUUAGGUUGUAAAUGAAUCUUCAGAAAAAAAUUAUCCCAUUAUUGAAGGUAUUCUAUGUCUUUGAGCUCAAAUGCAACUGGGUUGCCUCAUUGUAAUGUAAAUGUACAAAACUUAUGAAUCAUGUAGGUGCAUUUAUUAUGUACAUUAUCCUAUUGAAAAACACUUCACUUCAAUUUUUUUAGUAGAAUCUACAGGGAGAAAAAGACUUUGAUGGUCUUUUAAUUUAGCUCACAUGAGAGAUGGUUUUGAGGGUGUUUCACAGAGAUUUAAAGAAUGAGCAAACUGACCUACUCUUAGUAAGGUUUCUCAUUGGCUGUUCAUUAUAAAUAACUAGUCUUAAAAAUACACAGUUUGAGAUAACAUUCAAUAAAACAGAAAAUGAAUCAGCAAAUGAUUUUAUUCAUAGAGAGAGGCUAAAAUGUUUUUGAGAGAAAAGUACUUUUUUCAUACUUGGUAACACAAUUAGUGUGGUAUGAAUAUAUUAAGUGGUGAAUUAGAGUGUUAUCAUUUGAGUGUACCUACAUUAUAAGACUACACAACUCAGAAUGCUGCAUUGUGCUGGCCAGAUGUGAGUAGUUGAGCACUAUAGGUGGCGCUAUUGGGGCAGCUGGCUCAUUGGUGCUUUAAGUGUGACUUAGAGUCGUGCUUUAAUACCAAUAUCUAGAUGGAAUCUAACACAAUAUCUUAUUGACCAUCUAAGCAUGAUCUGACCAAUUCAAGCAGCACGCAACUGGGAAUUUUAAGUGCGAAUUUAACUCAAAUAUAAAUCUUUGUGAAAUACCCCCAGGGCCUAUUAAUUUUCAAUUGAAUUAAGCUUUCACAUGCACCAAAAUGGAAUUGACCCUGUCAACUAGGUUUUGACAUUUGACCUGUCCUAUUUUUCGAUAAUAUCAAUGUGCAUUGAUAUAUGUGAGUCAAGUUAGAUCAUUGGGUAGCACUUAUUAUUUUCAAGUAUAUUAUCCUAAUUUUCUUGCUCCUACAUCUAGGACCGUGCAUUUCAUGAAAUAAAUCAAUCAGUGAUGUUCGCUGACUAAUUUGCUCUGAGCCAAUCACUUUCGAGGAUCCUGGUAGCUUAUAAGAUAUUUGCAGGGUUCCCACAGUCGUGGAAACUCCUAGAAAAUUUGUGAAAAGUCAUGGAAUUGCAUUUACCUCUUGGCUAUGGCAGCUUUCCAGUUUGUUGUGUUUUGCAACUCUCAUACUCGGUGAUCAUACUCUGCUAUUAUGUACUUGUUAUUCAUGAUUUCCAUUUUUCCCAGUUUUGUGACAUCCCAAAUUCUACUUAACUCCCGGGACGUCACGGGAAGUCAUGGAAAGCAGCAAUUUAGUCAUGGAAUUCUGUUUUCAAAUUUCUGUAGGAACUCUGUAUUUGGUUCUUAUCAAUAUGUUCUACAAUAUCAACUAAUCCAGUGAGCAAAAAAUGGCUCAAAUACUUUUGAAAAAGUAGAGAGAUAUGGGUCUCAUAAAAAGAAUAAAAAUGAAAAAAUAAGUUGAAAAAGAAAUAAUGAAAUGCUCUCCUGUUGCUUUCUAGACACAUCUGGAUUGGAUGCUGAUUUUAAAUGUAAUUUCUGACCAGGGAGUUUACCCUUAUAUAGGUUAGGGACCAAUCAAUUCACCCGACACCGUAGUAUAAGCUGACACAUGUUCUUUUCUUGUAGUUUGGAAACCCCCCCCCCCCCCCCCCCCCGUUUGUGGCUGACAUGAAGUUACAUUACUUUAAACCAGGGUCAUAAUUCCCAAUGAGUAACAUCUACAUGUCUGAUUGCUUUGCCAUGAUAGUUACCAUAAAGGCAAAGUUACCAUUGUUUUCCUUUGUGAAACUUGCCCCAUAUAUAGUACAUUGUCAUAUACAGAGUAUUUCAUUGCUGCAUCAUCCCACAAGUUUUCUGUCAAUGUAUUUGUUUUAGACUGUAAUUAUUGAUUAUCAUAUAAUAUUUUCCCAGUGGCUUUUUCUGCCCAAGAAUCUUUUUAGAAAUGUUUUAAUGAAUUAUGAUACAUGCAAGACUAUAAUGCGUAAUAUAAGCAAUGUAUAUACAGUAUGUAUACCUACUCAGAUUCGUUGUCAGACUUCCUUGCCUGUAGUUUAAUAUUAUUUUUAGAUAGGAUUUUACUUAAUUAAAUUUGCUUUUGGCUCAGUUACUUAUUUACUACAUUUGGAAAUUAGCCGUUUUACUUGCAUUUUCUGUAUUAAUUUUCUCAUACCUCCCAAUUUCGGUUGGAGUAAAAAAUCUGAAUCAGGACUUAUUGAAGUUCUUGUUACUUAAUAUUUUCUCAGUUUUACUUCACAUUCUUACAAGAAAUGCUGUUUCUUUACUAUUGUUGAUCAAAAUUAUCUCCAUUUUGGGGCAGAAAAGUUGGAAGUGUUUUUUUUUUCAUCAUUAACAUUUAUUUUGUAGAUAGAUGUAUAUAUUUCUCUUUAACUUAUGCAAUAUUUUUUUUCAGACUUAGCAUGUAUACUAGUUUAUAUGUAAUGGAAUCAAUGAAGAUGUAAAAUGCCUAUUAUGUUUGCAAUACUCAGUAUGAUAUCAUGUAUGAUUACAUUUUUCAUACUCAGAAGUAAUAAAUUCUUUGUCAAUAUUGACAAUAAGUCAA